AUGGGAGAUAAUAAAGGUUAUCCAGGACCAGAUUAUUAUCCUCCACCACCUCCACCUCAAGGUAAUUAUCCUCCGCCACCACCACAAGUUAUUGUUCAACCGGCACCCAAGAAAAAUGAUAAUGCUGGAUUAUGUGCUGGAUUAGCACUGGGCGCUUGCUUAUGUUGUUGUUUAGACGCGUGUUUUUAA